AUGCGCACCAAACACGCAGCGCACUCCUUUCCCGCUUUCCCAGUCUAUUCCGCAGCCUUUGUGGGCUACAAUGAACUCGUACUGGGCGGGGGCGGCGGGGCAACCAGGAGUGGGAUCAAGAACAAACUGAGGUUGUACCGUGUGGAGAAUGAAAAGUCCCUGGACCUCCUGGACGAGUACGAGUUUGCCAUGAAUGAGGACGUGCCUAUGAGUAUGGCUGCGCACCCCAAGACGAAAGCCAUUGUGUGCGGUGUAAAUAGCUCGCACGAGAAAAUGCUGCGGGGGGAGAACGAGAAUUGUCGGAUGUUGUCCGUGAAAGACAAGAAAUUCAAGCUUGAAAGCGCAAACGGUACUAUACCUCCGGAAGAUGAGGAGGAAUACCAGAGAGCGACUUCUUUCUCUGAAGACGGCAACUUUGUGGCAGCUGCUGGACAGCACCAUCUAUCCGUAUUGUCAUAUCCCAGUAUGUCCCGCGCAACCAAAGACGUCCACAUCUCCGACGACGAGAUCUACGAUGUCUCCUUCUCAAGUUCAUCCUUGGUCUUAACUCUCACCAAGGGCCUGCGUGUCUACGAUCUACCCAAAGACAUCAGCGUCAGCCAAGAGAGCAAAAAGGGCAAAGAGAAAGAAGUGCCCCUGCCCGAUCUUGCUCUCGCUCAGACUAUCAAGCGGCCCACGCUCCCCGGCGCAGAGUCGUACAACGUCAGCUACCGCGCUGCGAGAUUCAAGCCGGGCAGCAAUAAGAUCAUCUAUUCGGCGAUCAACUCCGCGCCUCCAAGGGGGAAGGGCAAGGCGCCGCCGCGGCGAGCGUACGUCUGCACGAUCCAGGGCGAUAAAUCCGGCUGGACGGUCGAGAAGAAACGCAAGGUGUCUGACGGGAGUAUAACCGUCUUCGAUGUCAGCUUGGACGGGAGGUUCCUUGCGUAUGGAUCGUCAGAUCUUUCCAUCGGCCUGCUAGAUGCUACGACUUUAGCGCCCCUCCUGACCAUCUUGAGAGCGCACGAGCUUCCCCCCACUGCCCUUCGGUUCAACCCUCCGUCAAAAUUGCUUAUCUCGGGAAGCGCGGACAACACUCUGCGUGUGAUUGAGGUUCCUGAAUUUAGCGGUGGAGGAUGGGGAACGUUCAUUCUCAUUCUUCUCGCGCUGUUCGUCAUCCUCUUCGCUGUGGCCACCCAGUUGUAUAUCAGCGGACGGAUAUAA